CAGCGGCGCGAGGGGAAGCAGAGAUACAGCACUGCCUCCACCGAGGCGGCGGAGAGGCGAUCGCUGGGAAGGCGUGGUGGGGGAAGUGCUGCUCGCCCGCUAUCACGCAGGCGCGCUGAGCGGGAAAGCAGUUGGCGUGUCGGUCCCCAUGAGGUGAGUGCUUGGGACGCGGGAGUGGGCGGAGGCGCAGAGUUUGGCGGAGCGGACUGCAGCAGAACGUGUGCGGCGUGGCGUGUGUGUGUGUGUGUCGAAACGAACAGAAGCCUGACCCGACUGCUCCUUCUGCGCUGUUACCGACAAAGUUUACUGACAGAGAAGUACCGCCUGCUACCGAGGAGGCGUGCCGGCUUUUUCUUAAGUUUUUGGGAACUUGUGUGAUAAACGCUGGAAGUGCCGAGUGGCAAGAAGAGGAAAGUUGCGAGGAGGCGGAGUGUGCGUCGCCAGACAGCAUUACUGCCACAGAAGAAGAGAGGCGCGAUAACGCAAAAGAAGUGCAAGUACUGUUGGCGUGCCCCCGUGCGGUGUAGUCGAGCGAUGAGUGCCCGCGUGUACAAUCCGUUGUUCCUGUCCGAGAUGCGGAGGAUGCUCAGAGGCGGCGGAGUAGCCGGCGGCGCCGGCAGCGCGGCGUCGGCAGCGGCCACGGCGGGCUGCGGCGGCGAGGCGGCGGCGGCGUCCUCCGGAGGCGGCGGCGGCUAUUCGCCCCCGCCGCCCCCGGUAGCCGGCCUGGACCGCGUGCGCCGGCAGCUGUUCGGCCCCGUGGACCACGAGGAAACGCGGCGCUUCGUGCAGGACGAGCUGCAGGCGAUGCGCCGUCGCGACACCGAGCACUACGGCUUCGACUUCGAGCGCGAGGCACCCUUGCCCGGCAGCCGGCUGGUGUGGGAGAAGGUGCAGCCGGAGGCGGCGGUGCCCGCGUCCUACGCGCUGCGCCGCCUCCCAUACCUGGCGACGCACGCCGACGCGGCGACAGCCGUAGCGGCGGCGUCGGUGGCGGAGGCUGCGGCGGACGGAGACGACGCCCCCAGGGGGACGGAGGAGAAGGCCGUGCAGACGGCGUCUCCAGCGCCGUUCGCCGUCAGCGCGACGUCGGCCGAAACGACGCCUGUCGCCGCCGCACCGGCGCUUGCCAAAGCGUCGAAUAACAACAACAACAACAGCGUCAGCACCCCAAAGCAGACUUGCAUUUCUGAUUUCAUGAAGAGCAGAAAGAGGACAAGUGGCCCCACUGGCAGCAAACCAAACAAGAUAGCUCAGGAGGGGCCAUCUGUAAAACAAGCAAAGAAGACACACAGUUAAGAACAUCACUAUUCCAGUAACAAUACUUUCUACGAUCUCGUAAAGUUUAUUACAAUUAAAAUGUACAAUUAUUUGCUGGUAACUUAGUUUAUCAUUUGAGCUACAUGUGAGUAUAUUUGUGCAGUUGUUACUGCAGAUGUAUAGCAUUGUAAAUUAUUUUUAUUUUGUUUUAAAUUUUUAUUAUUAGAUGUUUUUGAAUAAAGCAAGGGAUGGUGCUGGAUUAGAGUGCAAAACCACUCUUUGGCUGGUCUUAUCAUAUUGAGAAGGAAGAUGUGGUAAACUGACAAUGCGUGUAACACCUUUCAUCUAAGAAAGCAAUAAUGUGUGCUCUUGCACUGUCACUCUUCCUCUUCCCCUAUUUUAUCUUUGUAGAUAGAACAGAUGCAGUGUAAAUACAAGUGGUUACAGCUUAGAUGUUUCUGAAACCUUCUGUAACAAUGAACAGUUGAAUACUUCCUUAACAUUUCAGCUCUUACACUUUCUUUAGACAGAAUCCCACUUAUAUAUUGGUGUCUUAAGUUUGCACUGCUGUGAUGCUUCUGAAACAGUUGUUUCAGAAACUUCAUUGGUAUUGUCAAAACUUAUGCAUCAGUUGCAAACAACCAUUUUCACAUUAUUAUGAUUUCAAUGGUUCAGUUUCUUGUUGCUAAAGAUAACUCUACUAUGGUGCUUUUGGAAUACUAAUUCCAGAAACUUCAUAGUAAUGUUAUUUUAGUUUUAGAUUCCGAGAAAAUUGGUGUAUUAACAUUUGAAAUAUUACAACUUCUUUGUCAUUUCUUCAUCUGGAAGACACUUUUAAUUUUCUGUAACAGAACAGCUAUCAUUCAUGAAACUGAUUUCUGUUCUCUGACAGAAAAUGUGGGUAGGGUGCAGAAAAAAAUAACAAAGUGGGCAUUAGCCAUACAAUUUUUAUUAAAGUGGACUUCUGUCACACAACAUGAAACUGAAUCAUUUAUAUCAUGGAUAACUUUGAAAAUACACAUUGCAAUGACUGUCCAUACACCAAUAUUAAAACCACUUGGAUAUUAUCUAGAAUGUUUUGCACUAAGUCCAUUCUCACACUUCCUUUUUUAAACCCAAGCAAGAUUUCUGCGAUGGGUUCAAUACUGCAGUCAUGUUUCACAUCAAUAGAUGAUUAUAGCUGGGCAAGUUAAAGGCAAGUCUUGAUCUCUUAUAAUCCUAGUUGCCAUUGUUGAAUAUGCAGUAAAUCUACCAAAGAUAAAGCCCUGUUUGAUUGACAUCCCACCUAUUACACCAUGUCAUAUCUAGCACCACUCCCAGUUCUUUGAUCUCCACAUAUUUUUACCCAUAAGUAUGUUUUUAUGAAUUUACAAACAGGUUUCUUUUGUGUGUUUAUGCACUUUUGAAAAUAGAAAAAGCUUAUUAAGAGACCAAGUAAUGGGCCAUUAUAGGAGAAAUGUGUACUAGGACCAUUCAUCUAGAGUGAAGAAAGUUGAUAUCUCAGGGGUAAUUACCUUUUUAAUAUGAACAAAAUUCAAUUAUUCAUAUUUUUUUGAUGUCUUUAUUUGUGCUUAUGGUAUGUUGUGAUAUGUUAUUCUGUAAUGUGUAGGUUUUUCCAGAAGUGCGCUCUGUGAGGUUUAGCUAUAGAUGAUGUAACAUCCUACACGCAGUAGUAAAAAAGAACUAAAACAAAAAAUUAUGUGCAGUAUUUUGUGGGAUUAGAAACUGUGCCUUUGUUUCAGACAAAAAUUUCAAUCAGUAACUUCAACCAAACAGGCACACUGUUGCUCAUUUUUUGUGAAUGUAUUCUCAUAAUUUGUUUUAUUUAUAAAGAUGCAUUCUAUGAAGUAAUUUAUUAGACACUCAUCAAAAUUAUUUUGGUGCAUUUUAACGAAUUUCCUUCUCAAGUCAGGUUAUAAUAAAGAAUUUUUAAAGUUAAUAUAUGAAUGUUGUAUGAUUUGUGUGCUCUGUGUGUCUGAAAAGUAUUAGGUAAAUUAGGUUUGCAUUGUUUCAUUGUAGGUAACUAUAACAGAUUUAUGAAUAUUUUGUGUACAAAAUUAUCUAUAUUACUUCUGAGCUAGAAAACUGCCUGUUCUGAAUUUGAGUAGCAAUUGUAAAAUAUGUGUAUUUGGCCCUCUUGUGACCAUGAACAACUCUUUUGCAUGAUUGUGUAUCACAAAGACAAGCAUUGACACAGAAGAAGCUGAUUUCUAAUGUUGUUAAUAUUUUUGAUACUAUUACAGAUUUCAUAAUGGAUAUUGUUAAUAUUAUGUAAGAAUGUGUUGGUUAUGGCUGUCAAGGUUCCUCUUUAAAAUUAUUAUUUUUGACAAUAUUCAGUUUUAGUAUACAAACUCAUCACACAGUACUCAAAUAUUAUUCAUCAGAACUCUGAAUUUAUUCUCAACUUGCAUAGUGGUGACAGGCGACCAACACAUUCCGUAUGAUGUAAGUUACUACUCACAGUUAUCAUUAAACACUUUGUGGUUAUUGAAUUUGCAGUUGCUCUGUACAGACUUUGGACUGUUAUGUAAUUGGAGGUUGGUUGUAUGACAGCUUAUAAUUCAAACAGGUUUUUGACAAUAUGCAAUUUAUGUAGAUAUCUCUGUGGGUAGAAUAAGGGUCUGGACACAAGUGACAUGUUGUGUAUGAUUUUAUUACAGGAAUGCUUUGUCUCUUCACAUUAUUUAAAAAAGUAAUGUAAUGUAUGUUUUGUGUAUAGUGUCCAAAGAAAUUUUGAGUACAAAAUGAUUUCAGUUACACAGAUGUUAAAAAUUUUCUUCAGACAUUGUGGUAGUAGUAUCAGAAGGUUUACUGUAGCAGUGGUAUAACUGUGGCACUUCUGUUAAUCAGCCCCACCAUGCUGUAACAGUAGGCAGCUCUUAUUCAUCAAUAUUUGUUCAUCAUUAAAGCUUGUACACAUGUUUUUCAUAGUAGGUAAUUCAUAUUUGCAAUAUAAUUGGUAGCAUCAUUCAUGUGAGUCAAAGAUUCUAUGUUCUGCAUAGCCAUAUGAUCUCUAAAAGAGAACUGCUUCAGUGUCCUUCAGUUUUGUUUUACCCUUAUGAAAAUACUAGGUGUUUUUUUUGUUUGUUUUUGUUAACAGGUAGUGGUGUACCAGUAAACAUGAUCCAUUAUACAUUUCCAUAAAUCUAUUUUAACACCUGUGAUUUAAAAAUAUGAUCUCAAACUCUUACUUGUAUGUCACCCUAUAAUGAAAGUGUCAUGUGGCACAUAUUAAAAUUGUAAAAAGUAAUGAUAAUUGUAAAUGAUUGUUGUAGAGUUGUGCAGACUAAGAAAAAUAUAUAUUGAGAGUCGAGCAAAUAAAUGGCUUCCCUUGUUGGCAUUAAAACAUUA